AUGGCUACGAAUACAACUUCCCAUCAUCUCACUCCUUCUCCAUCAACAUUGGGCUACAUGAAUAGCGAAAAAGCUGACGACCCAAUAACUCCGAUUUCAAUACAAAGAAAUCCGCCCUCACCUCGAACACAAUCUAAAUCUAUAUUAACGGUCGCGCUUCAAAAAGCUCAGAAAGCUGUUCAAUUUGAUGAGGCGAACAAUGUUCCAGCUGCACUUGAAGCUUAUAAAGAAACAGUUGAAUUGUUAUCACAAGUUAUAGUUCUUGAAACUGAAGAUGAUGAUGCUAGUAACGUAGAUAAUGAGCCGGACAUAAGUGAAUAUAUACUGAAUAAUGUCACUUCACAAUAUUCUAAUAAUUCAUCACCUAUCGAUAUUACUUCCAAUCGUAUGACAGGUUCUAAUGGACAAAAAUCUAUAAGUAAUGACGACCUAAUAGAUCAAAAUUCCUCAAUACAAUAUAACGAAAAUACGUCAACACCAAAUGCUAAUGUAAGAACAGACUCUUCAAUUCGAGCAAAUGGCGGUAUGAAAAAUGGAAUAGAUUAUCAUGUUAACUCGAAAGAUAAUUUUAAAAAUGGUGAUUACAUAGCACGGCCAAAGCGAUUAUCGGUCCUAUCGCACAAGUCAACUUUUUCUACUUCGACUACUAAAUCAUGGACCUCAUCGAAAUCACUAUAUGAAAUCACCGCUAAUGGCACAAAAUCUAUUACUGACGCUAGUGAUAUUGCUGAAUCAGUUACAAGUUCGGAUGAUGUUGAUUUUAGUUCUGAUGACUUUGAUUCCAGCGCAAAUUGCUCUGACGCCCAAAAUUUUGAAAUUUCUGAUACUAAAUAUGAUACAUAUUUAUCAGAUAUAAAUCAAGAUUCUUCAAUAAAAUCUUCAUCUUCUUCGAUCUCACCUCCAUCCGCAUUAUCUCAAGAGUCAUUUCAAAAAGAUUCUUCUUCACCAUCUUUAACCAUUAAAGAAUCUAUAUCUUUAUCAGAAACUGAAAAACUUAUAUCAUCUAGCUCUGCUCGAAUUUUUACCCCUCCUCCUCCUCCAAAAAUUGCUCCUCCAACAUCCUCAAGUACCAGCCCUAACCUUCGUUCUGAUGGUGUUGUUCCCGCCUUUCAUACUCCAAGUUUACCAUCUUCUUCUCCUCAGAAUACAUCAAUACUAGAAAAAAAGGUUAUAUCGCCGAAGGUCUCACCUUCUUCGAUGAGUUCCUCUGUCCCAUUACCACGAUCAAAAUCUGAUGAUGAAGAUGACAAGGCUUCUGAAAUAUCUACUUCUACUGAAUCAGUUACUCCCUCCUCUCCGCCAAUAACUCAAUCAUCUAUUGAAAAACUAUUUAAUAAAGCGUUACCAAAUACUAGACGUCCCACUCCCCUUCCUCUAGCACAACAAAAUAAUUCUCGUAUCAUAACUGGGAAUAUUCCUUCAAAUAAUAGCCCCAUACUUGAUUCUCCGAAUUUUUCACGCAAAACUCCACGAAGGACUAUUUCGAAUCCUGGGAAUGCUCCUAAAAAAAAUACUACCUCACGCUUCUUCAAUCAAUCACAUUCGUCACCAUCACCGGGAACUCCUGGUACUCCUUGGACGAAUAGUCUUAGUUUCAUCUCAACACCAUUAGGUAGUCCUGGACUUGCUCCUCCUAGUUCCACAUUCCGAAGUGACUCUCCAGUAUUUUCUACUAGAACCGUUGAUUCUGGUUAUGCUAGUUGUCUUGUGAACCCUUAUCCUAACCCAUUAAUUUAUGAUGAAGAUACUGAUACCCCUUUAAUAACUAAUUCCGGAAUAUCUGAACUUCCACCUAAUGAUGUGCAUUUGAAACCUUUCUGGCUUAUGAGAUUGUUAGAACGUACUAUGACAACUGGAGGUUAUCUGACUCAAAAAUUAUAUAUUCCCAGAAAUUUAUGGUUACAAGGACAUGCAAAAUUGACCGCUAUUGAUGCUAAAGUUUCUAGUUGUGAUGUUGUUCUUAAUUGUUUAGUAAGACUAUCAAAGACAUCAGUUGAUGAUAUGGAUGUGCUAGUGAAGGUAUUGGAAGGUAUAGAACCUAUAAUUGAGGGUCUUCAAAAUUCUCUCGCCAGGAAAUUGAGUUAUGUUGAGACAACAAAUGGAAAAGGUCGUCAGAGUACAAGUUCACUCAUGAAUUGGGGCUCAAAAUUGUCACGUGGCCUUGAUAAAAUGGGUAUAAGCAAUGCAACAAUUCGUAGUGAGGAAGCCAACGAAUAUGUUGAUGUUUUGUUAAAAGUAUUUCAGAAUGUCGAUGUUGUAGAAAAGUACAUUCGUCAUUUUUGCUCCAUGAAAGCUCCUUAUAAUACUAAUCAUUCUAAGAUUGUUACACGACUAUAUAAAUUUUCGGAUUACUUUGGAAAUGUUCUUUGUCGGUUUGUUAUGAAAGAUCUUGGUAUAUUAGCAGACAAAUAUAUAAAAAAAGGAAGUCAUUGGAUUACUGAGUAA